AUGGCUCACCAGCAGCAGCAGCAGAGUAGAGAUGGCAGCAAUGCCAAUUUUUCGCAUGGCAUUUCUAUGAGUACCCAACAACAGCAGCAGCAGCAGCAGAAGGAAGCGAAGGUUGGGGCAAUGUUUCAUGAUUUUCUGGGUAUGAAGCCAGGCAGUAGUAGUAUUAGUAAUAAUAACAAUGAUAGCAACAGCAAAAACAACAACGAAGCCUCUGCAAUUUUGGCCUCUUCAAGAAACCCUGAUGCCUCUCCUUCUGCUUCUCAAUCUCUUGGGGCUUCCUCUGCCGGCGCCGGCGUUUCUAUUCCUGGUGGCCGCGGUGGCGGAGGGCUCCUUUCCACCGCCUCUGAUCUCGCCAGUGAAAGACAGGUUCCAAGUCAUCUAGAAGGAAUCCCAUAUUAUGUGCCAAGAAGUGAUCAUUCUGUAGCAGGAAGUAAAAGAAGCAACUCGGAUUCUACCUUUACUGCUAGGGACGGAGUCCCACAAAUCAUCGGCCAUGACUCUGAAAGCCUGCAUUUGAUGAAGAUGCUGAGGAAGGCAGGUCCAGGAGAGAUACCUAAACGAUCAGCAGAUGAUGAUCAGGGCUUGUUUCAUGUGCAGUCAACAAAGCCUAGUUCUGCCUCACUUAUAUUGCAACCUUCUACUCCUGGAGGUAGACUUGAUCCUAACAAGUGGGAAAGAUCUGCGGUGCAAUAUCCUCCUCGUGGGAGUCAUUAUGUUCCUUUUACCCACCAACUCAAUGCAAGCAGAUUGGGAGGGGAAGCCACUGCUGCUGGUCCAUCAAGUAUCUCUCAGGCGGCAGCUGCAGACGAAGGAUCCAGAACUGGCAUCAAAGGCUCUGGACUUUUAAGCUCCAUUAAUGCUGGCUCUGGUAAUUCAGAAAGAAAUUAUACUGGUGUCAAGGCAAGUGGUAGCAAACCCAGGCCUGGUAUUCACAUUUUAGAAGCAGAAGCUUCAACUCCUUCAAGUCGCCAAGAUCUAGCAUCUGCAAGUCGGCAAAUGACCAUAUUCUAUGGUGGUCAAGCACACGUAUUUGACGAUGUCCACCCCAACAAGGCCGAUGUUAUAAUGGCGUUGGCUGGAUCAAACGGGAUGUCAUGGUCCACAAUUAACACGCCAAAGGCUGCCCUUACUACAAGACCAACUGGUGGUGGGGAAACUUCCAUGGGGAGCGGUGGAGAGUACGACGCAGGUAAUGCAGGAAUCAAUGCCGCGCUGUUGGAGCGUGAGCUUCGAAGAAGGCUGCCAGUUGCCAAUAGUUCCAUACCUACAGGGGUACCCUCCAGCGACCGGAUGAUAAUACGACCAACUGGUGGUCAUCAUCAUGGUGGUGGCAGCAGCAUUGUGUUAGGAGGUGGUAGAGAGACGAGAAACCAAGACCGGAAUGUACAAGGAAGUGCAGAAGAAAGAAGGGAUGUUUGA